AUGGAGAUGUCCAUAGAGAGCUGGUUCAAUCUGCACUACUACGGGUUCGGGCAUGGGGAGGACUCCCUGUUCGAUGACUACGAGGAUGAGGAGGAAGAGGAAAGCGAAGAGGAAGUGAUCCCGCAGCCACCGGUUGAGGAAGUCGACGAUCGUGUGUUUCCUUUUCACGAUGACGUGUUUUACAUCAACCUGAAGGGACCGCGAGUUCGCACCGGUUUCGACAACCUUCCGAUGGAGAUCCUGCUCAACAUCUUCCGCUACCUCAACGCGGUAGAUCGUGACUCGGCGGCCCUCGCCUGCAAACGUUGGUUCGACGCGAUGGGCUACCGAGAAUUCCUCGACGAGGUGUGCUUUAACUUUGAGGAGGUCAGCAUCUGUGACGGUACGCCUCCGAUCGCGCUGUUCUUGCGCAGCUUUCGGCACUUUUCCAACAUCAAGCUGACGCGCGUCCAGUUCAACGGGUACUGUGAGUUCUGGGACAUAUUCGGGGACUACAUCCGCGAGAUCACGUUCUCCAACUGUCCGACGCUCACGAAGUCCAAACUUACGAUGAUUCUGAAGCGAAUGCCCUUUUUGGAGUGUCUCGUGCUUGAAGAGGCGGACGAGUUCUUUAAAACCUGGACCCCGGUGGAGCUGAAGCGGAUCGAGCCGCCAUGCCGUUGUCUGCGGAAGCUUGCGCUGCGAAAGAACAACGCGUUUACGGUGGACCAUCUCGAGUAUCUUGUUGCGAUGGGACCUAACAUAACCGCGCUUGAGAUCUCGAAGUGUCUUAAACAGAUCGAUGCCCCGACACGCGUCAAGAUAUUGACCAGCAUUCUCGCGAUCAUGAAGCGUCGCAAGAAGCGUCUCCAGGCGGUUGACUUCAGUUACACCAUGUACGAUGAUCUGUUCCUUAAGCACUUCGCGGAGAUCGAGGAUAUGUCACUCAGCCAGAUCAGCCUGUCGUUCUUCGAGCGCGCCCCCAUUAGGGACCCGGGCAUCAUCGACAUCCUGCGGUGUCAGUGGGCGAUCGUACAUCUUGAUCUGUCUUCGUUUCUGAACCUCACCGAUUUUGCGCUGAUCGAGAUCUCGAGCUCGCUGCAUAUGUUGAAAACGCUAAAGCUGAACGGGUGCUGGCUGCUGACGGACUUUGGUGUUGAGUCGAUCUACAAGCUGGGUCGGCUGCAGGUGCUCGAUCUGUCCGAUUGCGAUAAGAUCAGUGACCGGGGGUUCAUGAAGGCGAUCGUCGAUAGGAGGCGAGAUUGCAUGAGCCAGCUGUAUCUGAGCAUGUUGCCAGGGUUGACGGAUAGUGUGAUACUGAAGAUUUGCCUAACGCUGCUGAAUCUCACCGUGAUCGACUUCUGUGGGUCCGAUUGCAUGAACGACACGUCGGUGCAGUUCCUCUUCUGCUAUCUCAAGUGUCUUCGCAUUCUACGGCUGAACGGGUGCGUCAAGAUAUCGGAUGCUGGCCUCACCGGUGAGAACCUCUCCGUGGCGGUGAUCGAGAUCUGGGACGUACAGACGACGUUCUCCGUUAGCGAUCUGCACAGUUUGCAAGAGUUCCAGCUGUCCGGGUGCUUUAAGGUGACGGACUUUGCGUUGAUGCAUUCGUUUCGGUUUCGGGAGUUGCGUGAAAUCAACUUAGCACACUGUGUUCAGAUCUCUGAGCAAGGCAUCGAAGCGAUGGCUCUGAACUGUCCUGCUCUGGAGCAAAUCGAUCUGAGCGAUUGUUUCCACGUGAACGAUCGAUGCGUGGAAGCGUUGGCGAUCCAUCUACUACGUUUACGUUCCCUGAAGCUCGUACGAUUACCACUCUUGACCGGGGCCAGUGUGGAUGCACUCGUUGACCACGCCAAAGUGAUCCGGUAUCUGUACAUACGUGGCUGUAACAAGAUCCCGAAGGAUGCGCCAGAGCGGUUGCGGAAAAUCGCCACACUACGUAAUUUCCCCAAGUGUUAG